UUCAUCCUCCCGCAGCCCUGACCAAGAACGAGCCGGCCAACGAGGCUCUUGUGCUCCUUUCCUCGCCCUUGUAUCUCCCUCCUCUGUAUCUGGCCCUGGUCUUGGGCCGCCCGCAAUAAGAUGGUGGCCAUGACGAAAAGAGACGACGGGGAGGUCGUGAACGGCGAGGAUGGGAAGUUCGAGGCCGGACGGCCGCCGCCAUUCAGGAUCGGUGAUAUCCGGGUGGCCAUACCCAGCCAUUGCUGGGUGAAGAACCCCUGGCGUUCCAUGAGCUACGUCCUUCGUGACGCCGUCGUCAUCGCCGCGCUCGCGGCUGCCGCCGGCUAUUUUGACAGUUGGAUCAUCUGGCCAAUCUACUGGCUAGCCCAGGGCACCAUGUUCUGGGCUGUCUUCGUUCUGGGACAUGACUGUGGCCAUGGAAGCUUCUCCAACAGCGUGUGGCUGAACAAUGUGGUUGGGCACUUUCUUCACUCCAGCAUUCUGGUGCCUUACCAUGGAUGGAGGAUUAGCCACAGGACUCAUCACCAGAACCAUGGGAAUGUGGACAAGGAUGAAUCGUGGCACCCGUUACCUGAGAAGACAUACAGGGGAAUGAAACCGAACGGCCGAAAAAUGCGGUUUUCGUUACCUUACCCCUUGUUUGCAUUCCCGGCCUAUCUGUUGUGGAGAAGCCCUGGAAAAGAAGGUUCUCAUUUCCUGCCGAGUAGCAGCUUGUUUCAUCCAAAUGAGCAAGGCGACAUCAUCGUAUCAACCUUGUGCUGGUCAGCCAUGGUCACAUUGCUUCUUGGUCUAUCCUGGGUGUAUGGCCCUAUUCCAGUGCUCAAACUCUAUGGUUUGCCCUCCUUGGUUUUUGUAAUGUGGCUAGAUUUGGUUACUUACUUGCAUCACCAUGGCUACCAUGAGAAGCUCCCCUGGUACCGUGGCAAGGAAUGGAGCUAUCUGCGAGGAGGACUGACGACAAUUGAUAGGGACUAUGGCUGGAUAAACAACAUCCACCAUGAUAUUGGAACUCAUGUCAUUCACCAUCUCUUUCCCCAGAUACCACACUACAAUCUGGUAGAAGCAACAAAGGCUGCGAAACCUGUGCUCGGGAAAUAUUACCGAGAACCGGAGAAAUCUGGGCCGCUUCCACUGCACCUGUUUGGCGUUCUUCUUAGGAGCCUAAGAGUCGACCACUUUGUGAGCGACGAGGGAGAAGUUGUCUACUACCAGACCGACCCUCAGCAGUACGGCGACUGGCAGCAGAAGUUCAAGUGAAGAAUGCCGCUCUGCUAACAGUGACACGAUCAUUAUAGGGGGCACUGUUUGUGUUCGGAUGCUUUA